AUGCGUACACUGACUCAAUCAACCGGAAAACGCCCGCAACUGAUCGAACGUUUGGUAUCUAAAUGGAAAGUGAUUUGUUUAUUAAGUGAAUUGACGUGUGUACUUUAUUUGGCGAUUUUAAUGCUACCCGAAUAUAAUGAACGUACACGCAUCUCAGAAAAUGCUUUAUUGCCAGCACUUGUACAAGAGCAUUUCUCGUAUGCCGAACGAAUUGGCACUUUUUUGAAGGCACUCUCACAGCAGAGUGAAAUGGUAGAUUACGUGAAAAAGCAAUUGCAAAUUUAUGGAAUCGAGACAUAUGUGCAGAAAUUUGAUGUACGUCAAUUACCUGAAUAUGUUAGUUUUAUGUUUGCGAGAAUCUCUGUAAGAUUUCACUUUUCGCUGCAGAAGAAUGUUUCGGGUCGUAACGUUUACGGAGUGAUACGUUCGGGUCGGUCGCCCUCAGUCGAGUCUAUAUUAAUUGCGGUUGCGUUAGAUGAGCAAUCCUUUGGUGCUAUUGCUACAACGCUUGCACUCGCCACUCAUUGUCGCGAACAACUCUACUGGGCGAGAGAUCUGAUAUUUGUAUUCGUGCAAGAAUCGCGGGUGGGUAUGCGUGCAUUUCUUGAUGCAUAUCACGGUCGUGUGCAUCAUCAGUUCAUUCAUAUCGAUCCUCUUCAAGCCCAUUCAGGAUCAAUAAUUGGUGCAUUCGUACCAAAAACAUCAGGAAACAGUUUUUCGAAAUUGAAUAUAGAAUUCAAUAUGAUCAAUGGUCAACUGCCAAAUCUUGACAUUGUCAACUUGAUUGUUCGCUUAGCUGAUAAAUUUGACGUAACACCCACAUUGUAUGAUAAAAACAGAUUCGCAUCAAGGAGCUGGCCAGAAAUUGCCGAGAUUGCUUUGGAUGGUGCAUUAGCUCAGGCAUUCCAAGAUGACAAUUCUCUUCACAGUGUAUUCUCCCUGUACGCAAUUCAAGGAGUGAGUAUCCACGCCAAAAGUGGUAUCGAUCCAACUAUAUCGUUUUUGCAUUUUGCAAGAAUAUGCGAGGGCACGUUAAGAUCUUUGAACAACAUUCUCGAAAGGUUUCACCAGUCAUAUUUCUUAUACAUUCUGUCGAAUCCAAAACGUUUUAUUUCGGUUGCCUAUUAUAUGCCUUCAAUUGGUAUUCUUCUUUUUCCACUGAUUGUUCUAGUAAGUUUUAUUCAGUUAUUCAUUUUGUUCAAUUCAAAUUCAAAAUUUCUUAUUUAUGUCAUAAAUUCAGUUUCAAAGUAA